AUGCCCAUAAACAUACAUAAAAUACCCUUCCACAUAAGACGGACUUCAUCGGAUAACCUAGCUGUGUUUCUCAAGUACAAAAAUAACAAAAAUACUGUAUUCACUGUAAUUCGUAAAAUAAAAGGAAACAGGGAGAUCCUGCUGAACGAAUUGGCUAUUAUAUGCGGUCACAGACCCAUAUCGAUGCCCAGAUCAAUUGUAAUUAAGGGAAACUACAAAAAUAAGAUUAAACAAUAUCUAAAGGGAAUAGGAUUUUGA